UCAGAAAUCUGUUAUGUCAUUGAAUCCACCAUGGAUUAGAAUAUUUACAGGAGAUAAAGUGAUUCUUACAUGCCAUGGGAAUAAUUCCCUUCAAGAGAACUCUACUAAAUGGUUCCACAAUGGCAUCAUCUCUAAGGUGACAACAUCACAUUGGGACAUCGUGAGUGCCACCAUUCAAGACAGUGGAAAAUACAUAUGUCAGAACCAAGGAUUUUACAAGAGUAAACCCGUGUACUUAGAAGUGAUGAAAGACUGGCUGCUCCUUCAGACUUCUGCUGAUACGGUAUUGGACAACGAGUCCUUUGACAUUAGAUGCUAUGGCUGGAAGAACUGGAGUGUCCACAAGGUGAUCUACUAUAAGAAUGACCUCGCUUUCAAGUACUUUUAUGAAAGCCCCAUAAUCUCCAUUAGAAAUGCCAAACUUAAUGACAGUGGCGCCUAUCACUGCACUGGCUAUCUUAGGCGGCUGAACUAUACAUCAGAGAAAUUCAGAAUUACUGUAAUAAGAGUUUACAAAAGCAAGUAUCAUUGGCUACAACUAAUUAUCCCAUUGUUGGUGGUGAUUCUGUUUGCUGUGGACACGGGAUUAUUGGUCUCAACCAAGAAACAGUUCAAACUAGUCUUAAAGAUUCAGAAGACAGGAAAAUGCAACAAACUUGAAACUGAACUCCUAACCUAG